UAUUAUCUAUAAAUCUAUAAUUCCCUAAUUUCAACUUACUGCUCUGACAAUUUUUUAAUAUUUUCUAUUGAGUAACAACUUACAUUUAUAUAUAUAUAUAUAUUUUUUCUUACCAUAAACUUAUUUUGUUAUUUUGUAAUUCAAUGAAAUUGAACUACUGAGAUAAAUUCUAUUUUAGAAUGGACCAAGAAGACUUCACUGCUGAUCUCUGUGCCGAACAGAUUGGCAAAUUAUUUCAAUUUCAGGAUCUUACUGGUAUUGAGAGUUUGCCUACAUGUCGAGAUGUACUACAGAGACAUCAUUGGGAUAUAGAAUCUGCAGUUCAAGAUCAGUUAAACCUAAGAGAAGGUCGCCCAUCUGUAUUCGCUGGUACAUCAGAAACAUCAUCCGCUCCGACAGUUUUAGUUGAUCCGACCAGACAACAAAUAUUUAACCCAGAGGCCUCUGGAACUGGAAAUUUUUUAUCAUUUGUGUUAGAUUACAUAUUAAGAACAUUUUACAACACAUUUGUAUCCGUGGUACGAUUUACUUGGAGUUUAGUCUGGCCAGAACCUCGUCCUCCAAUUACAGACCCUGUUGCUGAUGUUGGAAGAUUUAUUCAAAACUAUGAGUCUGCGUAUGGAAGUGAACAUCCGGUUUAUUAUAGAGGAUCAUAUAAACAAGCAUUAAAUGAUGCUAAACAAGAAUUGAGAUUUCUUGUUAUUUAUUUACAUCAAAAUGAUCAAUCUGAUUGUUCUAAUUUCUGUUCAUCUGUAUUGCCUAAUAGCAACGUUAUUUCUUUCCUUAAUGAGAGUAACAUAUUAUUUUGGGCUUGUGAACAAGAUUUGAAUGAAGGUAAUAGAGUUGCCACUGCACUUCAGGCCAACGUGUAUCCUUAUGUGGCUGUAGUUGUACUCAGAGAAAGUCGAAUGACCCUAGUUGGGCGAAUGGAAGGGCCUGUGUCACCCGAAGAAUUUAUAAGAAGAUUGCGGUCAGUGUUUGAAGCUAAUGAAGCAUAUCUCAUAGCUGCUCGUGCUGAAAGAAUCGAACGUAGUUUUAAUCAAUCCUUACGUGAACAGCAAGACCGAGCAUAUUUAGAAUCAUUGCGUGCAGAUGAAGAAAAAGAGCAGAUUAAAAGAGAAAAAGAGUAUCAAGAACAAGAAGAACGUUUACUACAAGUAAAGUUAGAAGAGAUAGAACAAGCACAUAAGGAUGAACUGAAAAAACAGAAAGUAGAAAUGUUGGCUAGUAUCCCACAAGAGCCAUCUUUAGAAGAACCUGGAUCAUUGACAAUUGUAUUUAUCAUGCCUGGUGGUGUAAGAAUAGAAAGGCGAUUUUCAGAGAUGUCUCCUGUAUCGGAUGUUUUAAAUUUUGUAUUUUGUCAUCCAAGUUCACCAGAUACUUUUGAAGUGGCCACUAAUUUUCCAAAACGAGUUUUGAACGUUGAAGACCGAAAUAAAACACUUAAACAAGCAGGCUUACAAAAAAGGGAAGUUCUCUUUAUAAACGAUUUAGAUUCGUGAAUAAAUAAAUAAUAUAUUUAAAUAAUUUAUUAAAAAGUACCUAUAAAUGUGAAGAAUAAAUAUUAUAAAUAAUAUAAUGUGAAAAUUACAUUGGUACAUGUAUAAUGGUGUUUUUAAUUUAAAAAUGUUUAAUUGAAAGUUGAGGAUGUAGAGCCAAUUACCAGUUAAUUAUUAUAAUAUAAUUUAUAUUAUUUACAUAUAUAUUUUUUUUUACUUUUACUCGUUACUUCAAAAACUUUGUUUUAACUUCUAUUUGAUCGCAUGGUCAAUAUAUUUUGCACAUAGAAACUGCAUUGUUUUAAUAUUUUCUUUAAUGUGUGAUAAAUUAUAAUAAAUGGUUUUGUUUUGAUUUUGUGAUUCAAUUUUUAUUUAAGUAAAAAUACAACUGUAUAUUACUAUAUUCUUGUUUAAAAUACUAUUUAUAAUACUAAAUAUUUAAUUUCAAUUGAAGUAAUAAAAAUUAAUCAAAAUAAAAAUCUACAAAGAUAUUUUAUAAAAUAUAAUAUUUUUAUUGAAGUAUAAAUAGUGUCAAUAUAGUUAACACAAUGUUAUGAGCAUGGACAAUAGAAAUAUUAAAUAAAACAAUUGUUGACUUUUGAAUUAUAUUAUUCUUUCAUAUUAUUUAUAAAAUAAAGUUUUUUUGAUUUCUGUAGAAAUCAUUUGUUUUAAGUAUUCUAAAUUUAUACAAAAUAUCUAUAAUUUUAAAUUGAUCCUAUUUUUUUAAAUUUAUUAUCAUUUAUUCAGUGUUGGGUUUUUAAAAGUAACUAAGUUACGUUACAAGUUACAAAAUAAAAAAGGUAACUAGAUUACUUGUAAGUUACUUAAGAACAAAAGUAACUAGUUACAAUGACAUUACUCUUAUGUUAUUUAAGUUUCAUAAAAAGAGUCAAUCAUGUUUUAUAUUUAUUUUAUACAAAAAUAUAUCUUCAAAAUUUUGAUCAGUUA